AUGGCCUCACCUGCGACUUUGAAGCCAAAGGUCCCUUCAACGCCUGAGAUCACCAUCACCGAAGAGGAAGUGAGGAGCGACGACCUCAGACUACCUGCGCCGAUGACGCUGGCGUCGAAGAAACGCCUUUCUUUCCAGCUACCACCCAGCCAGCAGUCGCCUACAAUCGAGGUGCAGCCAAUGCUUGUGAAUCCCAGUGAUCCCACCGGAUCUAUCAGUGGCGAUGGAGCAUGUACGAUCCCAAGACCAACACAGCCCAUUACGAUCCCAUCAGCGGGCAUUCUGGAGACCUAUGGCGAGGACGGGAUGCGUUCAAGCAGUGUUUCAGCAGCACCUUCCGCGGCAAGUUUGAGGCAGCGGCCGAAACUCCUAUCAGAGCUGAGAAGAAGCAUAUCUUCCACUCACUUGGGCCAUCUAUUCCAUCAUCCGAAGGUUCCAAACGGAGGUAGCGCUGGCGCCUCCGAAAAAGCGAAUGCCGCCAAACGUAGCGGUAGCAACAGUCCACUUCCCGCGUCUGCAGACGUCCAAGACCUGUUCAAGAAGCACAACAAGCAGACCUGUCCGGAUCUGGAAGCAGUCAGCCGAGCGUUGAACUCACUGCGUGCCCAGUCAACUCCCGGAGAUAACGAGUAUGUAACAAGUCUGACACGACUGGCAACUUCUCUUGAAUUGUCCCGCGCGGACAGCAAGAGAGCUUUGAUUCAAGCCAUGCAAGCUCGCGAUGCGGGUCGGAAUGAAGUGUGUCGCAGCUUAUGUCUGUCCAUCGUGCAAAACUCGCAUGCAGACGUCGAUACGCGGGUCUAUUCCUACAACAUCCUCAGCACAAUGGCCUCACCAGGACAGGCUAUGAAUUACCUCGCCGAAGCAUACAAGCUCGUAGAGGAGCACCAAGAUACGCACCCUGAGUGCGAGAAACUUCUGGGAGUGAUUGCUCUGCUCAAGGAUGGCGCGAUCGAGAAGGAUGGAGGUUGUCUCACCGAGCAGGCGGCAUUGGCGAGUGAGAAACUAUGCGAGCUGGCGAUAUCUCCUACCAUCCCCAAGGACGUCACUAGCCCAAAGGCGUCGAAGAGAUCUCUGGAGAUUCCCAAUUCGAACACGCCAAGCGGGAUGCUGACACCAAAGACACAGAAGAUUCUGAGCUGGGCAAAGGAUAUCACGCCAACAAAGACUAAGCAGAAGACUUUGAGGGCGGAUUCGGUGGUUUGA